UACAAAUGGCAAGCAUUAGUGUGAUAAAACUGUGAGACACGGUUUCAGACAUUCUAGCAGAUUCAAAAACAUGCAUAUUGGAAUUCACAACCUGACAGCCAUACAUUUGCCCAUAUCAUAUAUUUCUUCAAGACCUAAGCACCACCUUCCAGAAUAUGCAUCAAAAUUUCAGACAAUUAAUAUAUCUGAAAAUAAAUAAAAUAAAAUAAAUUUUCCAUAAGAAAAAUCAUCAGCAAACUUUCCAUAUCCUUUCUUUGUCAUUUUGGAGGACUAUACAAGAUCGUUCAAUUUUCAUGGCCUUAUAAUCCACGUCAACAUGUAUAAUGCAUCCACUGGCUAGAAGCAAGUUGACCUGUCUCCUUCUCUCUCUCUCUCUCUCUCUCUCUCUCUUCUCUUCUUCUUCGGAAAGGUUGCUUAGUAAUGGAGACUGAUCAAUCCAACCAAGAGAAUUCAGACCAAGAUCAAGAACGAGGUGGUAGUUGUCAAGUUAGAUCAUAUGAGUGCACCUUCUGCAGGAGAGGAUUCUCUAAUGCACAAGCCCUAGGUGGCCAUAUGAAUAUUCACCGUAAAGACAAAGCCAAGCUCAAGCACUCCACCUCAAAUGAACCCCGUCAACAUCUACAAUCUGUUGAUAUGAUCUCAAACAAUAUAAUUUCUCACUCUUUUUCUCCUAUUCCUACAGCUCCAUCAUCACAUCCAGUAAUGGAGGUUAAGUCUGGUCAAGAUAGAUCAAGCCCAAUGAUCAACUGGGCUUGGAUUCUUGAUAAAGAAAGUGAUACCUGUAAGAAGAAUAAAACACAUGUUGGAGAAAUUCAGCAGCUGUGUUUCUUUGUAGAUAAUCCAUCCAGUACUAAAGAUCAAGAUCAUCAUCAUCAGCAAGAAGAACAACAGCCAGGAAACCUUCAUGGCAGCACCGAAAAGGGUCUUUCGCCAAGCCAUGGAUUGUCAAGUUCAGAGCUAGACCUUGAACUUAGACUGGGGCCUGAGCCUCAUGACUCAUCGCCGGCAACGGGUACAAAAAGGUUCUUUUAAAUUUGCUUAGUAUGUAAUUAUAUUGUUCACCAACUUCAUUACUAAUUUUCUUAAUCUUGAAAGUAUUUUGUGUAACAUAUGUUGAUUCACCUCCUAAAAGAAAAAAUCUUCUAUAGUUUCUUUACCAUCA